AUUUUUUUAAAAAAACAUUUCUCUUGCUUUUCUUUAUACAAUAUGGCUUCUGGACAACCUGUUCACUCUGUUCUGUUUGACAACAGUCAAGACAAUACACAAUACUAUGCACAAACAGGAGGAGCAGGAGGAGAUGGUCUACAGUUUUAUACUUCAAGCUAUGGUGAUCAAUAUAGCAAUACAAACUAUUAUAGCAGCCCACCUUCAGGCGAUAUGCGCUCUACUUAUGACUAUCCAACUGGUUCUUCUGGUUCUUUCUGGAGCGCGUUUGGAACAGGUGGGUUUGCAGAUGAACCACCAUUACUAGAAGAACUCGGUUUAAACUUUGAACAUAUCAAGACGAAGAGUCUUGCUGUUUUGAAUCCCUUUAGAACAGUACCUCAUACUAUCAUGGACGAUACAGACUUAGCAGGACCACUCUUAUUUAUAUUUUUGUUUGGUACAUUUUUACUAUUAUCCAGAAAGGCACAUUUUGGUUAUAUUUAUGGUGUUGGUGUCAUGGGCGUCGUCAGUAUUUAUCUUAUUCUCAACUUGAUGUCAGAAAAUGGUAUUGAUUGGUCAAGAACAGCCAGUGUAUUGGGCUAUUGUCUACUGCCUAUGGUCAUGUUGAGUGGAUUUAGUGUGGUGCUCAAGCUAGAUAAUGCUAUAGGCACUGCACUUACUGUCAUUAGUAUCCUUUGGUGUACUUACUCUAGUUCGGGCAUGUUCUCUAGCGUACUUCAUCUAAACGAGCAACGCUUGUUAGUGGCUUACCCUGUGGGUCUCUUUUAUGCUUGUUUUGCUUUAAUGACAUUGUUUUAAAUAUCCCCCCUCCCUCUUUAAAUUUCUAUUUGAUGGAUACAUUUUUAUAUGUAGUUCAAGUCUUGACUACCUGGAUUUAGUUGCCAGAGUUUUGGAUCAAGUAUCUUGAUAUGCUUUGGUGUAAUAAUAAAUGGACUUGAGUAAAUAGAGGC